AUGUGGGUGGUGGGCGCGCACUCAGGCAUUGCAACGGAGUGGGCCGUGGAUGCAGACACCAGGAGGUCGUGCCAGAGUAAAGGCAAGACUGAGGAGGAGUGCCAGAACUACAUCCGUGUCCUGCUGCUCAGCGGCAAGAAGGUGUUCACCUGCGGCACCAACGCCUUCACCCCCGUCUGCUCCACCCGACAGAUUGGUAAUCUCAGUAAAGUUCUGGACACGAUGAAUGGAGUGGCCCGAUGCCCGUAUGACCCUCGCCACAACUCCACCGCCAUGGUAACGGACCGCGGCGAGCUGUACGCCGCCACCGUGAUCGACUUCUCCGGCCGAGACCCUGUCAUCUACCGUAGCCUUGGCAACAUGCCCCCACUGAGAACCGCCCAGUACAACUCCAAGUGGCUCAACGAACCCCACUUUGUGUCGGCAUAUGAGGUCGGCCGCUUCACCUACGUCUUCCUGCGGGAGACCGCGGUGGAGUACGACUGCGGGAAGACGGUGUUCUCCCGCGUGGCGCGCGUCUGCCAAAACGACGUGGGCGGCCGCUUCCUGCUGGAGGACACCUGGACCACGUUCAUGAAGGCGCGCCUCAACUGCUCGCGGUCCGGAGACAUCCCUUUCUACUACCACGAGCUGCAGAGCACGUUCUUCCUGCCUGAGCAAGACCUCAUCUACGGAGUCUUCACCACCAACGUUAACAGUAUAGCGGCGUCUGCAGUGUGUGCGUUUAACCUGAGCGCGAUCGCUCAGGUGUUUAACGGACCGUUCCGCUACCAGGAGAAUCCACGCAGCAGCUGGCUGUCCACCCCUAAUCCCAUGCCCAACUUCCAGUGUGGGACGGUGGGGGACAGUGGUCCGGCGGGAAACAUGACCGAGCGCAGCCUGCAGGACGCCCAGCGGCUCUUCCUCAUGGCUGAGGUCAUCCAGCCUGUCGCCACGGAGCCCCUGGUUGCCCAGGACAACGUGCGCUUCUCCAAGCUGGUGGUGGACAUCGUGCAGGGCCGAGACACCCUCUACCACGUCAUGUACAUCGGCACAGAGCAUGGCACCGUGAUCAAGGCACUCUCCACCACCAAUAAGAGCCUGCAUGGGUGUUACCUGGAGGAGAUGGAGCUCCUCCCUCCUGGGCAGCGAGAGCCAAUCCUGAACCUGCAAAUCCUGCACAGUGAUAGGUCGCUUUUUGUGGGCCUCAACAGUCGUGUGCUCAAGAUUCCAUUGGAAAGAUGUUCCAACUACCCCACGAGACAAACAUGUUUAGGUGCCAGAGAUCCAUACUGUGGUUGGGACCACCAGCAGAAACGUUGCAGCACCAUAGAGGACAGCGCAAGCAUGGCCCAAUGGACACAGAAUAUUACAGAGUGCCCGAUGCGAAACCUCACCCAAGAUGGUGGCUUUGGUCCGUGGGCCCCAUGGCAACCCUGCACCCAUGACGACGGGGAAGGGGCCAAUGCGUGUGUGUGCCGUCUCCGUUCCUGCGAUAGCCCCGCCCCCCAGUGUGGAGGUGCCAAGUGUAACGGUCCGACCAUAGAGGUGGCCAACUGCUCCAGGAACGGUGGCUGGACUCCCUGGUCGCCAUGGACGCAAUGCAGCACCAGUUGUGGAAUGGGCUUCGAGGUGCGACAGAGGUCCUGCAACAACCCUGCCCCCCGACAUGGAGGACGUGUGUGUGUGGGACAGGCCCGCGAGGAGAGGUGCUGUGUGUGUAAUGACAAGACCCCGUGUCCGGUGGCCGUCUCCUGGACAACCUGGAACUCCUGGUCCAAAUGUAGCUCUGUGUGUGGAGGAGGCGUCCACUCCCGCGUCAGGAGCUGUGAGAACGGCAACAACUGCCCAGGCUGCCCUCUGGAGUACAAGGCGUGUAAUCUGGAGGCGUGUCCGGAGGUGCGGCGGAACACGCCGUGGUCGCCAUGGCUACCGGUGAACGUGACGCAGGGCGGGGCACGCCAGGAGCAGAGGUGGCGCUACACAUGCCGCGCAUUCCUGCCCAACCCCCACGAGCUGCAGCUGGGCAAGCGCAAGACGGAGACCCGCCUCUGCCCCAACGACGGCAUCACGCCCUGUGAGACGGACGCUCUGGUAGAGGACCUGUUGAGGGUGGAGAGACCUCUGCUCCGACCCCAGGGUGCCACCUGGUCGUCGUGGGAGACGUGGUCCACCUGUUCUAAGGAGUGUGGUAAAGGGUUCCGCAUACGUAAGCGGGCAUGUGCCACUCCUGAGGGCAGGAACGCCCCCUACGCCUGCUCCGGAUCGCCCGUCGAGUACCAGGACUGCAACCCCCAGCCCUGCCCAGUGAAAGGCGCCUGGUCAUGCUGGUCUUCCUGGUCAGAGUUCUGUUCUGCUUCCUGUGGCGGAGGUCACUACCAGCGGACGCGCACCUGCACUAACCCCGCCCCCAAACACUCCGGUGACAUCUGCAUCGGCCUGCACACGGAAGAGGCCCUGUGCAACACUCAGGAGUGUGAAGGUGGUUGGGGAGUGUGGGCCGAAUGGGCCGAGUGUGACGAGGACGGGCUACAGGUGAGGGCGCGCACCUGUGCUGCAGGCCCUGCCACCUGUGUGGGCAACACCACGGAGCAGAGGGCAUGUCCUCCUCAAGAGAGCACAGUACUCCAGCCAGGGUCAGACAGGAGCUCUCGCUGUGCAGGCUUCUCCCUGUUCCACCUGGUGUUGACGGGUGUGGGUGGUUUCGUGGGGGCGGUGUUGCUGUCCCUGCUGGUGUAUCUGUACCUCCAGAAGGUGCACCGCCCGUCAGAGUCGGCCGUCAUCCACCCGUCCACCCCCAACCACCUGCCCCCCAACAACGACAAGUACACGCCCAUGGAGUUCAAGACGCUGAAUAAGAGUAGCAUCCUGCCGGAUGAGGGCUGUAACUUCUUCUCGUCUCCCCUGCAGCAGACCAACGUGUACGCCACCACCUACUACCCCCACCCCCUGGGCAAAUACGACUUCUCCCUCGACUCCCCCUGCAGGAACUACAUGCACAGCUAAGAUACAGCCCCCCGCAAACCGCCCAACAGCCACGUCAACUGGACGACGCACACACACACACACACACACACACACACACACACACACACACACACACACACUCCAUGGAGCCAUCCUGCACGUUAACACACACCUAUGGAAACAAACAACUGGACUCUCCUUUGCCGUAGAGAUACAAAGACACACACACACUCCUGUUAUGAGAGGGGUGUGUGGUGAUGGUACAAAACAGAGGUGAGUGUGUAUGCAUGUGUGACGUUUUUCAGACACACGACCGUUAGCUUGAACCAGAAAACAGACUUUCUGUAACCAUGGAGACACACAGUGUCCAAUCAGAGGUGAGAGAGUGUGUGUGUUGUGGGCGUGUCAAAAUGGAAGAGUCACACACACACACCUUUGGCGUCGGACUGAGAAAACUUGUUUAUAAAACUCUCUCACACACUCUGACCUGGAGAAAAGACAGACACCCCAAUCAUCCUGCUCCUGGUGAACACUGACCUCCCUCAAACCAGGAAUGUAAUUCUGAAGGAAUUCUGGGAAGUGGAGUUUUUGUGUCUGAACUCAGUGGCUUCAUGGCCCACCAUGUAAAAACAGCAAACCCAGACAGAGGCCAGAGGAACUGGACAGACAGAGGCCAGAAGAACUGGACAGACCUCUGAUAAUAACACUCCUCGGUGUACUGCGGUGGCACUGGGUCAUUGCUAUUCACUGAGGGACAUGUCGAACUUCUAUUCAACACAUACUGUACACACACACACACACACACACACACAACAACCUCACUGCUUGACUAUGGAGAUACAGACUCUGGUGAGGAUGUUUUUAUGAGUGUCUCUGGGUGUGCUGCAGUGGGAGGCAUAGGCUGUGAUUUUGACCCAACCCAACCCGGCCUGACCCAACGCAACCCAGCGCAACCCAACCCAUCUGGUUCAACUUCUGACCAGCAUAGAAGACGUGGCGUUUAAGUUCAGCAGCAGCACGUCAUGGCAUGUGAAAACUUGAGCUGGGUUUUCUUAAUGGGCCAUAAAAUAUCAGUAAUCAUUCAGUUCAUUCAGUGUGUGUGUGUGUGUGUGUUCAUUCAGUUCAUUCAGAGAGUGUGUGUGUG